CUGAUCCCCACUCUGUGGUGUUCACCCCGAACUGUAUGACGGGCGUGGUCUCUAUACGGGGGACGCCGUACGGACAAGGAGACGAGUUCGUCGAUCCGCCGGGACAAAUUCUGCUUAUUUCAUUUCCGGACAUGCACGCGACUGGUAACUUUUCAGACCUCGUUGACGUCACAACCCUUGAUUUCACCAAGUUUGACACCAGGACGAGCGAGCUGCUGUCAGGAGGGGUGCGGUUCGUAUACAAGGCAGGUAACAACAGCCUGUCCAACGACUUGGAGCCGGGGUCCAUCACCACCACACCCAACAGUAAAGUGGCGUACGUCGUCUUGCAGAAGAACAACGCGGUCGCCGUGGUGGACCUCGUCACAAAGUCCAUCACCAACAUCUACGGCCUCGGUGUGAAGGAUUGGAGUAAACUCAAGAUGGACGCCUCAGACGAAGAUGGUGGCAUUCAUCUUAAAAGCUGGCCUAUAUACAGCUACUAUCUUCCGAACGAUCUGCAGUAUUUCCGCCACGGUUACCGAGGUUACCUGGUAACAGCCAAUGAAGGGACGUCUGUAAAUCUCACACAGGAAGUCGGCUGGUCCGAAGUGUUGAAGGGUUACGAGUUCAUAGAAAGAAAUCUAACGGGUCCUAUGGUUAGUGAAGAAAUGAUGUCGUGGCUUGCUAACAAAGCUGAUCUAGGUUCUCUCUGUUUCACGUCCCGGAAUGGCGAGGACACGAACGACAGCUUUACGAAGUUCGUCACGUUCGGAGGCCGGAGUUUCUCGAUCUGGAGAACCGUCGAUCUCCGGCUCGUCUUCGACAGUGGCGAUGACAUGGAGACGGAAACAGCCGAACGUAUUCCGGACCUGUUUAACGCGGGAACUGACGCAGACGGCACGCCGAGAUCUCAAGUGGAUAAACAGUCAACUUACAGGGGUCCACGGCCAGAAAGCGUCGCUGUGGGCAGGAUAGGAGAUCUCACUGUAAUAUUCAUCGGCAGCGGAGCACCCGGCUCAGUGUUCGUCUAUUCCGUCCACAAAAACGUCUCCAGUCCGAAGUUCGAGUCCGUCUGGUCUUCUGUGGGCAAUACGAGGAACACGUGGGAUGAGCUGUUCGGAAACAGAACUCUGAGGGUAACAGAUCCCAGACAACUCAUGUAA